AUGCACUGGAUUGGGAGUUUUUCUUGUCGAGGCCUUCUCGCAACGCUACUAUUGUCUAAUGUGGCCAAGGCUAUUGAUUUCGAUAUCAGCGAUGAACAAACCAUCAAAGAUGCGGCGAGUACUUCGGCUUAUUCAAUGAUGACCUGGUACUACGGCAACGAAACCGGUCAAAUUCCUGGAGCAUUCCCCGACAAAUGGUGGGAGGGUGCUGCUCUCUUCCUUGCACUCUUGCAAUACUGGCACUUCACGGGCGACACUACCUACAACUCCGAACUUAGCAUUGGAUUACAAUGGCAAUCAGGCGAUGACGGAGACUAUAUGCCAAGCAACUACAGCUCUUAUCUGGGUAAUGAUGACCAAAUGUUCUGGGGCCUUGCAGCGAUGACAGCUACCGAAUACACAUUUCCGGACCGUUCAACUGGGUACAGUUGGCUUUCGCUAGCGCAGGGUGUGUUCAACACUCAAAUCAAAAGAUGGGAUACGUCCUCGUGUGGGGGCGGCUUGCGCUGGCAAAUUUGGCCAUACCAGAGUGGGUAUGGAAUGAAGAACUCGAUUUCCAAUGGUGGCUUGUUCCAGCUAUCUGCACGCCUAGCUCGGUAUACCGGAGAUGCGAUCUAUCUCCAAUGGGCUAACAAGAUCUGGGAUUGGUCGGUCUCAUCACCUCUACUGAGUAAUACGACAUGGAAUGUUGCCGAUUCCACGAACGUGGAUGAUGAUUGUGCGACCCAGGGCAAUACUCAAUGGACCUAUAAUUACGGUACAUACUUAAUGGGCGCGGCAUACAUGUAUAAUUAUACAAACGGAUCUACACAAGACCAGUGGUUGACCGCGGUCAAUGGGCUUCUUAACAAAACAUUUGACACUUUCUUCCUCACAGGCGAUAUCAUUGAGGACUUCAACUGCGAGCCCUCGGAGACCUGCAAUGACAAUGAGAUUCUGUUCAAAGGACUAACAUCUUCAUGGCUAGCAUUGACUGCUGUACUAGUCCCGACAACCUUUGACAGUAUUCUAGCAAAGCUGCAAACCUCCGGUGCAGCCGCCGCCGCAUCCUGCACUGGCCACAACAAUGGUACUUGUGGUGUCAGGUGGUAUAAAUCAAAAUACGAUGGUUGGCUUGGAAUGGAGGAAGAAAUCAGCGCCACAAACGUGUUUCUCGCCAACAUGAUCAAUUUCAACACCACUGCUCCAGUCACUUCGACAACUGGUGGAAACAGCACCAGUGAUCCUACGGCUGGUGAAGACGAUAGUGAUGCGUCAAGUGGAAAGAAAACGGUCAUAACAACAGGCGACCGAGCAGGUGCUGGUAUUCUCACUGCUGUUUUCGUGGCUGGCUGGAUUGGCCUCAUGGGCUUCAUGGUUGUGGGUGGCUGA